CAUUCCUGUGAGUGACUUUUUAUUCAUACUUAUUCUAUUGGUCAUUGCUACUCUGUACUCGUGUUUUUUUUAACAAACGAAUUCUUGUCAUAAUUGUAUAAUAUUAUUAUUAUUAUUUUUCUUUUAUAUUCACAUUUUGUUACUCAUUUAAAAUGGCCGAAGGUCGUUCAACCAGCCCGAAACCCGAAAUCUCUGUCACAGACACAGAGGAAGAUACCCAGGGCCAAUUACAUCCAGGCCCCUCCACUAGAUCUAGUAAAAAGAAAGCGGCUGUAAUUCCCAAAUCCGAAAUUGAAUUAUCCACUUUGCUUAAAUUUAUAAAGCCAUUUGAUGGUUGUAGAGAAAAGUUAAAUUCAUUUUUAGUAAAUUGUAAUAAUGCUUAUGAAAUAGCCUCGGACACACAAAAAGAUAUUCUCUUUAAAUACAUACUCUGUCAGUUACAAGGCAAAGCAGAGACCGCCUGUUCCAUUAAAGAAUUUACUAAUUGGCAUCAGCUCAAAGAGUUCCUCAAAACGCAGUUCAGCGAGAGGAAACAUUACGCUCAUCUCCUCACCGAAUUACAGGAAUGCAAACAACAAGUCACUGAAACUGUCAGUCAGUAUGCUUUAAGAAUAGAGACUUGCUUAUCUCACUUACUUACCGAAAUUUCCAUCUCACACGGCCAUAAAAGUAGAGAAAUGAUUGGACGUAGUGCCGCGAUGGAGGAAUUAGCCCUCCAUCAUUUCCAAAUGGGGCUAACGCCCCGAAUAUCUAAUUUUGUUAGGAGUAAAUCCGUUAAAACCUUAAACGAAGCAAUUAAUAUCGCAAUUUCUGAAGAAAGAAUCCAACAAUCUUUAUCUAAACACUCAGCCCCGUCUAGCAAUCAACAAUCUCGUCAGUUUAUACGUCGUAACCAAAAUCCAUCUUCAUUCAAAAACAAUCCUAUUACUCCUCGUCCUAAUAAUAAUAAUUCCAUCCUUGUCUGCCGAUAUUGCAAAAAUCCAGGUCAUACUAUAGAACAAUGCCGAAAAAGGGAAUUUAAUAAUAAUCGCUUCAAAAAUCCUGAUCAAAACUAUACAAGGCAACCCCGUGUUCAUUUCAUCUCCGAUGAAACUUCGGAAACUAACGAUGAUUUUCUUACCAAUCCUGAGGGCGGUUAUGACACCGUAGACUCUAAUCAAAAAAACGAGUAA